AAAAAGGGAGCCAAGUUUGGAGCUGCCGGUGCGGCCGGUUUCAAAAAGGGAGCUAAAGCCGGUAAGAAGGGAGCGGCGGCUGUCGGUGGAGCCAAAGGUGUUAAGAAGGGAUUCGCUGCGGGAAAGGUCGCCGGGAAGAAAGGAGGAGCCGUUGGCGCUAAAGCUGUGGCCAAAAAGGCAUUUGCAAAGGCGGGCAAAGGAAUCGGACGCGCUGGACGCGGAUUAGGUCAGCUACUGGCCCUUAGAUUUGCCAAAUUUGGUGCAAAUGUUGUUAUUAUGGAUAUUGAAGAAUCACUUGUAAAGAAAACUAAGGAUUUCAUUGAGAAAGAGUUUGCAUGUGUCGUGAAGACGUAUGUCUGCGAUAUAACGGACAGUGAAAUGGUUAUGAAAACGGCUCAACAAAUUGGCAAAGAGGUCGGGUUUGUCUCAAUUUUGGUCAAUAAUGCGGGCGUUUUGUACGGAAAGAGUAUUCUUGAAUUAAGUGACAAGAAUAUAAUGAAUACGUUUAAUGUGAACGCUAUCAGCAAUUUCUGGACAAUUAGGGCUUUUUUGCCAAAUAUGUUAAUCAAAAAUAAAGGACAUAUCGUAACGGUUGCGUCGAUUUGCGGUAAAACAGGUUUCGUUCAAAUGACUGAUUACUGCGCUUCAAAGCACGCCGUCAUUGGACUCAACGAAAGCCUUAAUUAUGAGCUUUUGAAGCACGACAACAACCAAAUCAAAACCACUAUAGUUUUGCCCACAUUUUUCAAUACAACUCUUAUAAAUGGUGUGAAACCGAGUUCAGUCAUCAAGAUAUUUGAUGCCAACCGAGUGGCCGAUCUUACCAUCGAUGCCAUACUUACUGAUCAACCCAUGAUUAUAAUCCCAAGUUAUUUACACUUUUAUUUCUUACUCAAAGAUAUCCUUCCAAAUGAAAUCUCAAACAGAAUUUUCCAAAUUAUUGGAGGCUUUCAUGUAAUGAAUGAGUUUAAAGGCAAUAAA